AUGGCAGACACAAUUUCUCUCUUCUCAGUAGCCAUUUUGGCCAUCUCCAUAGCCAUGGUUUUACCUUUAAGUAAUGGCACCCGGAGGCUCACCAGCAGCGACAAUCCUGUAAAUCCCUUUUGCAGAACUGCUGAAAACAAUUCACUGUGCACUUCAAUCGUCAAUGGAGCCAGGACAUGGACGUCAGCAACUAUCAAUGCCAUCUCCAUAACCCUAAAAAUAGCAACAAAAGGGAGGCCCAUAUUUGAUGAUCUCGUGGAAAAGCUUCGGGAUACUGACUUAUCAAGAAUCACUAAAGAGUCGGUAGGACAUACUUGUAAUGAAGUUUAUGAUUUCGCCAUUGAGUGCCUACAAGGAUCCUUGGUUGACCUUAAGUAUGGGUACAUAGACCGUUUGGCAACAAAGCUCUUAUCAGUAACUGGCCCAUCUUUGGAGUGCAUCAAUUUGGUUGGGUACUUGAGUAUGGAUUCGGAAUUGUCUAACUAUUUUUCCGAGUUAGAGUUGUAUUCUAAAACUUGUUUGUCGAUAACAAGGACCAUUUAA